AUGACUGUAGCGAAGAGAGGUCUCAUCGCUCCACAAAAUACUUUUCUCGAAAAUGUCAUCCGAAGAUGCAACAAUACUGACACUUGCUUCAUCCUGGCGAACGCCCAAAUUGUCGACUAUCCGAUCGUUUAUUGUAAUGAUGGUUUCUCGAAGCUGGUCGGCUAUUCAAGAGCGGAGAUCAUGCAGAAACCGUGCAGUCUCUCAUUCAUGUACGGGGAUCACUCCGAAUUAGCUAGUGUCACCCGGGUGCGCGAGGCGCUUGACAACGCUCGAACAGAUCAAGCUGAGAUUGGUCUUGUCAAGAAGAACAAAACUCAAAUCUGGCUUCUUGUCUACAUUGCGCCGAUAAAAAACGACAAGGACAAUGUGGUGUUGUAUUUGUGUCAAUGCAAAGAUAUCACUCCAUUGAAACAACCGCUUGAUGAUGAGAACAAUAAAGGUUUCUCACGUAUCUUGCAAAUUGCAAGAAUCGCCAAAUCGAAGCAAGCCUUCAAUCAGAUUGAAACCAAAGAUCUGCACAAAUCGUCGACUCCAACCGCCUCGAACUUCACCCAGGUCAUCAAGGUGAUGAAUCUUGGUGGAGAUAUGUUGCCACAAUAUCGACAAGAGACGCCGAAAACAUCGCCUCAUAUCAUAUUACAUUAUUCGACUUUUAAGACAAUUUGGGACUGGUCGAUUCUAUUAUUGACCUUGUAUACGGCUUUUGUCGUACCAUUCAAUAUCGCGUUCAAGAACAGAGAGACAAAUUAUACGGGAAUCGACACGUUGGCUUUGGUCGACUCGAUUGUGGAUGUGAUCUUUUUUGCGGAUAUUUUACUGAAUUUCCAUACGACUUUUGUUGGACCAGGCGGUGAGGUGGUGAUCGAGCCAUCAGUGAUCCGCCAAAACUACUUCAAGUCUUGGUUCAUCAUCGAUCUUCUCUCGUGCCUUCCCUAUGAUAUUUUCUAUAUGUUCAAACGUGAUGACGAAAGAAUAGGUUCUCUGUUUUCGGCGUUGAAAGUGGUGCGAUUGUUGAGGCUGGGAAGAGUGGCGAGGAAGAUGGACAACUACCUCGAAUAUGGAGCUGCCACUCUACUUUUAUUGUUGUGUGCCUAUGUUCUUGUGGCUCAUUGGUUAGCGUGUAUCUGGUUUACGAUUGGAGAAUAUGAAGUACGAUUGAAGUUCGAGAAUGCUCAAUUCCCGGAUGGUUGGUUGAUGCGUUUAUCGAGAGAUCUCAACGCUCCAUUCCUCUCGAAUUCCACAAAAUUGAAGAUCUCCGGUGGUCCAACGAAAUGGAAUUGCUAUUUUGCUUCUCUUUACUUCACGAUGAGCUGCAUGUCGACGGUUGGUUUCGGUAACAUCUCGAGCAACACCGACAACGAGAAGGCUUUCGCCGUCUGUAUGAUGAUCAUCUCGGCGUUGCUUUAUGCGGCGAUUUUCGGCCACAUGACGACAAUCAUCCAACAAAUGACAUCAGCAACUGUUAGAUAUCACGACAUGAUCGCAAACGUUCGAGAAUUCAUCAAACUACAAGAAGUUCCAAAAGAAUUAGCGGAGAGAGUGAUGGACUAUGUGGUCUCCACGUGGGCCAUGACGAAAGGGAUCGAUACACAAAAGGUACUCAGCUAUUGUCCGAAAGACAUGAAAGCCGAUAUUUGUGUUCACUUGAAUCGUAAAGUUUUCAACGAGCACUCAUGUUUUCGCUUGGCGUCUGAUGGUUGUCUACGCCAGUUGGCUAUGCAUUUGGAAAGUAAUCAUGCUGCUCCGGGAGAUCUUCUCUAUCAUACGGGUGAAAAUGUUGACGCUUUGUGGUUUGUGGUGUCGGGAUCGCUUGAAGUGAUUCAAGAUGAAGAAGUUGUGGCCAUUUUGGGCAGGGGUGAUGUGUUUGGUGAUGAAUUCUGGAAAUUGAGCGGAAAGACAGGGCAGAGUGCGGCUAAUGUGAGAGCGUUGACAUACACCGAUCUACAUAUGAUAAAACAGGAGAGAUUGAUGGAGGUUCUCGACUUUUACAAGGCUUUUGCCAACUCGUUCGCCCGGAAUCUCGUCUUGACCUACAAUUUGACGCACAGAAUGAAAUUCCGAAAAGUCGUUGAUGUGAAGAGAGAAAAAGAACUAGACGCUAGGCGGAAGAACGAGAAGUUGACGCUACCUGCCGAUCACCCAGUUCGUAAAUUGUUAUUCCGAAUGAGGGAAAGGCAUGGACCGAGAAUCUUCCCGAGCACAAUGUUUGCUGAUAUCGAAAAGGGUAUUAGUAAACGAUCAGAUGUGAAUCGUGUCUCUUCUGUUCAUUCGAUGGUCGACGAGACGAACAUGUUAUCGAAAGAUUAUGAUCCAAGAAAAUCACCGCGAACCCGUCGACGGCACACCCUCCAAAAGCGACAAACAGUCGACGAAGAUUCAUUGAGUCGAAGCGGCAAUUGGAAUGAUUCAUCGGGUCCAUCGGGGAUUUCCCCGGGUGGAGUCGGCUCUCUGUCACAAAAGGCAAGGGAAUGGUCGUCGAUGGCGCAUCUCCGCGGUGAACUCAACAAUCGCUUCAACGAGGUCAACGAGAAAUUGGUGACCGUCGAUUUGAUAUUGCAAAGAAUGGCCAAUUUGGAAAGAAUAUUGCUGACUCCACAGAUUAGAGUCGGCACUCCAUCGACGAUCGCGAUCGGUUCCUUUCAAGGUGAUCUGAAUGAUUCGAAUUACCUCUCAUCACCUGGGAAUCUCGUUCAAAGAAGUGUGAGUUGGAGUGAACAACAGAGUGCAUGGGCACAUCCAACAACAUCACAACCGGUACCACCUCUUGGCGAGUUAAGGAGUUCUAAUUGGGACACCGAGGAUUCAUCGUAUAAUCCUGAACAAGUUCCCUCGAUUCAUAUCGACACGGACACGGAACGAGACAGAGAACGAGAAACCGAACCGGAGACUCCAAUUCCCCUCAAUCCACCACAAAGACCGAGGAUA